UUUUAUUUUAGCAAAAUAAAUAAAUAAAACAAGAAAAAAAGUUCAACUGCAUCGAAGCUAUAAUUCUCUUCCCUCCAUUGGGCAUUUUAACAGUAUAAAAGGGUAUAAAAAGAGCUUUAUCUUCAGUUCUUCUUAUUCAGGGUAUAAUAUUAUCAAAAAUAAAUAGUAUACAUAAUUAAAUUAUAAAACUUUAUGCGAUUAAUAAAAACUAGAUUUUUGUAAAAUAAAAAAUAAAUAUUGAAUGAUCAUUUACACAUGAAGACUUUUUACGUACACCACCGCAAUUGUUGUUGUAACAAUAUUAAUAUAUUUUUACCUGUUUUUGUUGUUGUAAUAUCAAACCAUUUGCCUGUGAUGUGGUAGUUUUUUUGUUGAUGGCAUGCAACGUGUAUUUAUAUAUUACACACACACACAUCAUUAUUUACGUAAGUACUAGCACUUUCAAACUUAUAUCAAAAUAUCAAAAUCUAACGUAAUUAAAUUCAAAUAUAAUACAAAUUCGUUUAUUGUGAAUGUAUUGUUGCACUUAUAAAUUCACAUCUUCACCUUGCACUUCCGCAUUGCAUAUACGCUGAAUCACCCUGUAAUCCGCAUUUUCAAUUUGCUUGACAGUUGUUAUUAAUUUUAUACGCGCCAUCUUUAUUUUACAAAUAGUGCAGAAUAAAUGUGCAUAUUUUUAAAAAUACUUAAGGUUUUCAUAAAGCUGCUGCAGUAAAUAAGCGCGAAUGUCAAUAAUUGCAUGGUGAAGUGUAGAUGCAGCGUGUAGUUGAGCAGCCGCAGCCAUUAAUCACUGUGUUGUAGCAGGUGUGCUCGCAGCAACUCCUGCACAAUUUAAGCGCUUAAAUUCAACUAUUUGUAGCCAAACUAUAUGUUUUUUUGCCUGCAAGCUAAAGAAUAAUGUGCAAUGCACAAACAAAGUGACAAAUUAAUAUGAUACGAGCGAUGCAUAAACAAAUGUAAAGAUAAAAAUAUAACAUUAAUAAAAAAUUAGUGUUAUGUUGGCCUGAUUCAGCUAAGAAGCUGUAAAUGCAGGUGGAAUGUUCGUUGCAAUCGCACUUGUAACGCAAAGCUUCGUUAAAGUUUAAGUCGGGUUUGAAUGAGUGAUACCUGAGCCCAUUGCGUGCGCUGUAUACAUGUUUGUACAUGCUUAAUGAGUCAAAUAAAAGUCGAGAAUUGUAGGCAUCUGUCAAAAAAAUAAAAAAAAGUGAUGUGCAUUUGAAGCAAAUGUAAAACGCGGAAGAUGAUAGUCUGUAUGAGUGUGUAAAGUUGAGAGUUUUAAGUGGCAGCAGUAAAUGAAAGAAAAAGCAGCUGCAAGUGAAUAUCAACUAAACAUUCGUAUUAAACAAAAACAAAAAUUAACAAAAAAUAACAGUACAUUUGACUCCUCCAGUGUGUGUGGUGAAAAAUCGUGCAAACAGUAAAAUUUGUGAAUAAACCAACAAUAAUAACAACAAGCAAGCAUUGUACAGAAAUGUUAGACUCAAGUAAAAUCAGUCUUGGCCUGUUGGCCUUAACUGUCAUCUGUGCGACAAAUUGCCCAAAUGUACAGGCCGCAUCACCGCGUUGGGAGCCACAAAUUGCGGUGCUCUGUGAAGCUGGCCAAGUAUUCCAACCGCAAUACCUCUCCGAAGAGGGACGCUGGGUAACGGAUUUGAAUAAGAAGACAUCAGGCGCUACAUGCUUGCGUGACAAAAUGGAUUUACUGGACUAUUGCAAAAAGGCUUAUCCGAAUCGUGACAUCACUAAUAUUGUUGAAUCUUCGCAUUAUCAGAAAAUCGGCGGCUGGUGUCGUCAGGGUGCUUUGAAUUCGGCAAAAUGCAAAGGGGCACAUCGUUGGAUCAAACCAUUCCGUUGCUUGGAAGGACCAUUCCAGUCGGAUGCCCUGCUCGUGCCCGAAGGAUGCCUCUUCGAUCACAUUCACAACGCCUCACGUUGCUGGCCAUUCGUUAGAUGGAACCAGACUGGCGCUGCCGCUUGCCAGGAGCGCGGCAUGCAAAUGCGCAGCUUCGCCAUGUUGCUGCCCUGUGGUAUUUCAUUGUUCUCGGGCGUGGAAUUCGUUUGCUGUCCGAAACAUUUCAAAACCGAUGAGAUUCGCGUAAAGAAAACCGAUCUACCCGUUAUCGCCCCAGCUGAGAUUACCAACAGCAAUGUGGAUGUGACUAACGAUGAUGACAAUGACUCUAACUACUCGAAGGAUGUUGGCGCCGAUGAUGAUCUCGACGAUGAAGAUGACUUGUUGGGCGAUGAUGAAGAGGACGAAAUGGUCGCCGAUGAGGCAGCUGCUGGUGAGGCGAAUAGCUCCAAUGCUGACGAUUUGAAUGGCGAAUAUGAUUCCGGUGAGGACUUGGACAACUAUGAGGAGGAUGGUGGCGGAGCAGCUGAAGAGCAGUCGGACAGCUGGGAUUUGCAGAAUGGUAGCUCAAGCGGCGCGAAACCAGCGGCGGUGAAGUCCAACACAGAUGAGGCUGGUGGUGCAAAGGGCAAAUUGGGUGUUGAGUCGGUGGUUAAGGGCGCUGCUGGCAUGAUGGCUGACGCGCCAGUCGCAUCCACAGCACAACAACAGCAGCAGCAACAAUUCCCCACAGCACCAUCCACUAGCCAGCCCACCGUCGAUCCAUACUUCACGCACUUCGAUCCGCAUUACGAGCAUCAGAGCUACAAAGUAAGUCAAAAAGAAGCCCAACAGCGCCUCGAGGAAUCGCAUCGCGAGAAGGUCACACGUGUCAUGAAGGACUGGUCCGAUUUGGAGGAGAAGUACCAGGAUAUGCGCAUGGCCGAUCCCAAGCAAGCACAGACAUUCAAGCAACGUAUGACAGCACGCUUCCAGACUUCUGUUCAGGCACUCGAGGAGGAAGGCAACGCCGAGAAGCAUCAGUUGGCUGCCAUGCAUCAGCAACGCGUAUUGGCCCACAUCAAUCAGCGCAAACGUGAAGCGAUGACCUGCUACACUCAAGCGCUCACCGAACAGCCACCAAAUGCUCACCACGUCGAGAAGUGUCUGCAGAAGCUCUUGCGCGCCUUGCACAAGGAUCGUGCCCAUGCCUUGGCCCACUAUCGUCAUCUCUUGAAUUCCGGCGGUCCAGGCGGUUUGGAAGCUGCUGCCUCGGAGCGACCACGCACUUUGGAACGUCUCAUCGAUAUCGAUCGCGCCGUCAACCAAUCUAUGACCAUGUUGAAACGUUACCCCGAAUUAUCUGCUAAGAUUUCCCAAUUGAUGAACGACUACAUUUUGGCGCUCCGCAGCAAGGACGACAUACCCGGCUCAUCGUUGGGCAUGAGCGAAGAAGCGGAGGCCGCCAUUUUGGACAAAUACCGCGUUGAGAUCGAGCGUAAGGUGGCGGAGAAGGAACGUCUACGUUUGGCUGAAAAGCAGCGCAAGGAGCAACGCGCCGCUGAACGUGAGAAAUUGCGUGAAGAGAAGUUGCGCAUGGAGGCCAAGAAGGUUGAUGAGCUGCUGAAGUCGCAAGCCGAGCAGGAUGGCGGCGCCAGUGGUGCUGGCUCCGCUAUUUUAGGCUCCUCCUCCGCUGCAGCACUAGGCGACUCGAAGGUGAGCAGCAAAGAAAUGGGCCAACUUACAGAUCCCACUAAAUUGGCGCAAAGUGAGAAGGACAGCACUGGCGUUGAGGAGUACGCCGAUGUCACUGUCAGCACCAAAACCCAAACCGUCCUGCCCACAGUCGAUGACGAUGCCGUACAGCGCGCCGUAGAGGAUGUAGCCGCCGCUGUCGCUCACCAAGAGGCUGAGCCACAGGUGCAACAUUUCAUGUCGCACGAUUUGGGUCAUCGCGAAUCGAGCUUCUCGCUGCGUCGCGAAUUCGCACAUACGCACGCGAACAAGGAGGGACGCAAUGUCUACUUCACUUUGUCCUUCGCUGGCAUUGCAUUGCUAGCGGCCAUCUUUGUUGGUGUCGCAGUGGCCAAGUGGAGAACAUCUCGCUCGCCACAUGCGCAGGGCUUUAUUGAAGUUGAUCAGAACGCCACCACACACCAUCCCGUUGUACCGGAGGAGAAAAUCGUGGCGAACAUGCAAAUCAACGGUUAUGAAAACCCCACAUACAAAUAUUUCGAGGUGAAGGAGUAAAAGAAGCAAAACAAAAGCAUAUAAACUUAAUAAAAAAUAAGAAUAAAUUUGCAAAUAUUGUAAACGCACUCAACAACUCAGUAAACCCACUAAAGGAAGCGUAAGCCCCGCCCCCUACCCCUUAAAAAAAUAAAAAUAAAUAAACUCCCACUAUAAAAAGCCUGCUUUAUCAUCAUUACCCACUUAUACAUACAACUAAGAAUAAUACAACAAAUAAGUCAUACUGAAACAAAAAACCAAAAAACAACAACCACAAACCCGUGAAUUAUACAAACAAACAUAUUUUCCAAAAAAAAAAAAACAAAUAAUGUAAACGUAAAAAAUCUUGAAACUAAUUUUAAGCAGAUAAAAUUAAAACAAAACGGAGCGCAGUUCCAACAUUGCAUACAUACAAAUGUGUGUAGAAAGAGUAGAAGGAGAGUGAAAGCGUAACAAAGGUAAAAGAAAUAAUAACUGUAAUAAAUGCAAAUAGUAAAAGCGAAAAAAUAAAGGAGCAGAGGCAAAAGUAAAACUCAAAGCGCAAAAAAAUGUGACGAACUUUUGAAAUGUGCAGCGAAAAUAAAAAGAGAUUUUGAAAAUAAAAAAUGAGCUCAAAAAACAAAGCUUUCAGCUCGAUAAUUGUACUCAAACUCACAAACACAUACAACUUUCAUACAUACCCCAUUCACACACACACACAAACUCACCAAAAAUAUGCCAACACACUCACUCAAACUUCACACUCCAACAAUGGGAGAAAUAACUCGAAAUUAUUCAACAUUCUUUCAUACACGACAUUUCAAAAACAAAAAGUAUGUUGUUCUUGUUUAGAAAGUAUUAAUUAAAAACCAAAAAAUUAUGUGUAAUAAUAAAGAGUAACAAAAACUUAAAGUAAAAUGUAUUAAAAUUUAAGUAAAUAAAAGGACAAGCAGAAAAAGCAAAUUAAUUUUAAGCAAAAAGUGGAAUGCGAAAUUUUGCAAAUGCAGAUGUGAGCAAUUUUUAUUUAACAUAAACAAAAAUCAUUUGUUGCGCAAAAGAAAGUUUGAAAUAACAGUAAAUUGGUGAAGAGAGGUAAGUGUGAGAAGUGUGUGAAAAUAUUUUAAGAGCUGAGCUUAAAGCUUGCAGGUGGCUGGGAGGUGUGAACCGGAAUCGCCUAUAAUUGCAACGACUACAGAGUAAGCAGAGAGAUAAAGAAAGAGAGAGGUUAAAGGAGAAAACUCAAUGAACUAUUGUGAGUAUGGUAUUACUAAGCGAGACAGUUGUAUGCAAUUGCUGAAAGGCUGGUGGAGAGAGAGAGCGCACCAAAGCCACAACAGAUUAAUUAAUCAAAAGAAAUGUACAAAAACUACUGAAUGAGAGGCGAGAACUGAGAGUUUAUAAUAAAAAAAAAGUGAGUCAAACUGAGAGAGAGGAAAGCAAAGCGCUCAAAACCGUACAUAAAGUGAAGAUCAAGAAAUAAUUGCAAAAUGUAGACAAUAAGUGCUAUUGAAGACAAAGAAUUAGUUAGCGAAAAACCAAAAAACUUUGCAGUAAAAGAAAUAAUUUGUAAUUGAGAAAAGUUUUUGCAAGCACAUACAGCUUGAAAUGAAAUGCACUGAACAAUAUAGCCAUAUAGAAAGCGUUCUAUAGCUGUUUUGUUAACUGUGAGAAAUAUUUAAACAUAAAGGCGUUGGGCACUUAAUAGACAAGCAAUGAUAACUCAAGCUUGUUUUUCAAAAAAAGUGAAAGCUUUGCAAAUCAAUUGUUAAAAAGCUCUCAAAGUUCUGCAUGAAAGCUCACAACAAGCAUAAGCUUCCAUUGUUAUUGCUGCUUACAGCGCCCAAAGCUUUUCACAGUUAACAAAAACAUGUCUCACUCAAUAAGUAUGGAUAUUUUCACACACACACACACACACACGCGGGAAGAGAAAGUUUGCGCUAAUGAAAUGAAUUUUGGUGAAUAAAAUUUAUAAAAUUAAAUUAAGUGUAUUUUUUUUUUGUGAAAAAGGAAUAGAAAUUUUAAAAAGCUCACCACACCUAUAAAUACAUAAAUAUAAAAAGCAACUUUCACUCACUCUACUUCUAACAAAUAAAUACAACAAAAAUAACAAUCGCCUGCUUUUCAUUAAUCCCUUAAGACGCUGUAAGAAUGAAUAUGAUUAAACAAGUGUUUAGCAUUAGCUGGUUAAGAAUUCUCUAUAUAUCUAUAUAUAUACAAAUAUAUGUAUAUAUAAAUGGAACGCAAAAGCUGAAGGUAAUGAAAUGGAGCGCAUAAAACAUGAGUACAUAUGUAUACAUACAUAACUAUAUAAAACGCCUGCUGCUAUUCUUAUAAUCAAGACAUAAAAAAACAUAGAAAGACAUAGAAAAACAUAGAAAACAUAGAAAGACAUAGAAUACAUUAAUAAACUAUACAAGCAGACAAACACAAAAGCUUGUUAAGUGCGAGCGUUUUGAGUGAACUUAACACAAAUUUUCAAACAUAAACAGCAAACGAGUGGUAGACUGCGCUAGUCUAAAUAGUGCAAAAUUAGCUAAAGAGCUUACGAGCUUUCCAUGCACGCGCUCAAUACUAAGCGAUAAAAGUAUGCAACAACUUAGCGAGCUUACAAUUUUGUACAAAAAUAAUAAAUUAUGCAACAAGAGUGAAAGUUUUCUAAGCCUUCAUUGAAGAUUUGUUAAAAAUUAUCAAAAGAACCGCGCAAACUAAGCAAAAACAAGGAAUUUCUGUAAGCUACAUGCGCUAUUACUAGCGUGAAAGCACGCACGUUUGUUUAUUAAAGAGCUUUUAAAACGCACAUCGUCAAACUUGCUGCCAUAAAACGUAAAACCAUUUUGUGUGCUUUCACAGCGCACAAAUUUGUAUUACGCAAGAGCGCUAGUGGAAGAAAACAAGCGUUUUGUAGUUUGCUGUUAGUGGCUCCACCCACUGAUAAGCACGAAUGGCGGUAUUACAGCGCAUAGCAAACCACUUAACACGCAUUGCCUGCCGUUGCCAGCUGAUUACAGUGGUCACGCCCAGGCAAGGUGUCUACAAAUCAGCGUUUAAAGUGAUAAGGAACACACAAAGCAAUGCCACAACUCGAGAAAACAAAGCGAACAAAGCAAAAUGCAAUUCAUAACAAUUUUCACAUUUCCAUUAUAUUAUUAAAUAAUAGUUUUUAGCAUUUAGUAUAUUUAAUUUAGUGUUUUAAUUGUAUAAUUUAAUGACUUUAACUUGAGAAAGACAGUUUUGAAGAUUUGUGCAAAUUUAAUCAGACGCUAAAUCAACACUUGAAACUAAGGAAGCGCAUAAGUAAGCGAGAUAAAGCGUGUAAAUGUAGUAAAAAAUAUAAAGCAAAAAAAUAAUUAAGUGUUUCAAUUUGACUGCGUUACAUUUACAUAUGUCUACAUACCUAUAUGUAUGUACUUGAACACUAUACACUUGUUUACAGAUAUGUUAACUGUUUACUUAUUACUUAAUUGCUGAAAACCUUUUUUGCGUUGUACUUUACAGAUUAUUUUCAUUUUGAAUGAUGAAAUUGAUUAGAACGAGAGGUAAAGCACCAAUAAGCAACAUAAAACGGUUGAGAAUUGUAAGCUAAAUCAAAAAAUAUAUAACUGUUUAUGCAGCUGCGCGGCUUUAAUCACAAUGCGCUCUCUCACUCGCACGCGCAGAGUUGAGCAAUUGAGAGCAGCAGAGAGUGUCACACAGCAUUACUAUGCGCGCUCAUCACUUGCGCAUUAUAAUCUGCAAUUCUCAACCGCCUUACGCGGUUCGCAAAAAACCAAAAUACUCCACUAACAAGCAGGCAACAAUAACACACACACACAAAACAGUAUACAAAAUAGCGAAGACACAACAACUCUACAACAAAUACCCUAUGCAUAAAUAUUGCUAACAAAUUAUUUAUAAAUAAAACGAAACUAUAAUUGCGAAACAACUACAAAUUCUUAACAAACGCGUUAAUUAAAUGCAACUCUAAGCGUUUAAGUAAAGAAAUGCUAAGCAAACCAAAAACCUAGUCAAAGCUUAAAUAUUUUUCUGUUCAUUUAUUAUAUAGCAAACCAUAACACAUACAUGCAUACAUACAUAUAUACAUAUAUAUAUUUAAAAUAUAUAGAAAUAAAAAGCAAAAAGCAAAAACCAAAAAAUAAUAAUAACAACAACCGCAACAAUUGAUAUUUACACUGACAAUUAGCGAAGAGAAAAAGCGUAGAAAUAAAUUUAAAAACUUUAUAAAGCAAACAUAAAAAUGCCUACAAACAGCUGAUGAAAUGAAGAAAUUGUAAGCAAAAACCCCGUCCUGCGUGAAUUAAACAUAAAAAAGUAAAAAAUACACUUAAAAAAAUGCAAAUAAAAUUAAAAAAAAAAAAUUAAAGCAAAUAAAAGAGAAAGACACAAAUCAAAGAAAUACAAAAAGAAAAUAAAGCAAAAAAGAAAAAGAAUAAGAAAAUUACAAAUAAAAAGCAAAUAUCAGCAAGUAAUUUAAAGUAAAAAAAGUAAGUUGCGUAAUUUACAGCGUGUAAGCUGUAUUUAAAAAUUAAAAAAAAUAUAUAUAAAUAAAUAAGUAUAAAAGCUCGCAACUGUUUAUCGACGUCGCGCUCCCUAUCCACAAAAACCACAAACUUUUAUUUGUAAUACAUGCUUAAAAUACAAAAAUUUUUAUUAUUUAAAAAAAAUUUUAAAAUUUAAUAUUUAAAAAAAAAAUUAUUUUAAUUUCAAUUUUUCAAAAAUUUUAAAAAAAUUUAAAAAUUAAGAAACAAAAAAAAAUAAUAAAUAUUUUUUACGCAUUUUCACUCAUUCCACUUUUUUCUCUUUUUCGUUAAAUGCGCAGCAAAAAAUUCACAUUGCAACAAAUACAUUUAUUAAAUACUUAAUUCUUAUAUAUUAUUGCAUAGAAAGUCAAGAACAAACAAAAAUUAUAUAUAUAAAUUAAAUUUAAAGUAAAAUUAAAACAAACAAAAAAUAAAUAUUAUAUAUAUACAUAUAUAUGUGAAUGUACUCAAUGACAAUUGUAAUUGCAACAAUAAUUGUACGCUAAUAUAUUAUAUUUAAAAAAGCAAAACAACAACCACAUGAACAGCAACACUACAAAAAAACGAGUCCACAACCAACAAUAGCUAAUGCAUGCCCAGCACCACGAGCAGUAAGGAAAACCAAAACUACAGGAACAAAACAGGAAACGCCACAAAAAACAUUUAAUUUACAAACAGUUGGCAAACUUUUUUGCCAAAAACGUAGCGAAAAACCAUAUGAGCCAACACAUGCCAUAAAACCGGCAAGCAACUGACCAUAAAUGUUAUAAAAUGCGACAAAAUUUGCAAAUACACUGAGCGAAAAACUAACAAAAAAAAAGUAUAAAUUUUUCUUUCAACUAGUCCAUAUUUUCGAAAUUUUCUAACGCAAGCAAACCGACAACCACUUCCACACCACACUCCCACUUGCAACCGUGUCAGGCAAUCAACACAAUUGCCCACUGUACCCGCGCAUGCGCUUGUAUGUAUUGUAGUAUUUAUGUUUGUAAUGCAGCAAGUAAUUGUAAUUGUAAUUGUAAAAUGUUUCAGCGCAAAAUGCGGAGAGCUACGCCCAGCAAGCGUACCAUGUAAUUUAAAGUAAAAUGCAAGAGAUUAUGUAACUAACGUAAGUUGAUGUUUCGCGCUAAAUUAAAAACAAAGCAAAACAAACUGGCAAUGUCGCGCGUACACUCAAAGAAAUUAGCAAAAAAAGAAAAAAAAAUGGUUUAUUAAGUAUUUAAAAGCAAAACACAAAAGUCUUUAAGUGGUAAAACUAUAAGUGGAAAAAUUGUAUGAAAAUAUGGUAAUUUAAAUUCAGUGUAAACAAUAAUACUAGAAAAAAUAGUAAAACAACAACAAAAUGCAUUAUUAAACACCCACACAGACACACACACACACAUAUGUAUACACACAGUGUAAAGCAAAGGGCGCACAGUGGUGCCGCAGCGAAGAGAAAACAACAAAAAGCAAAAAAAAAACAAAACAAACAAACAAACAACAACAAAACCAAAACAAAAA